CGCUUGUGCUUCAACUCCACCCCUUCAACUCGACCUCUAUCAAUAUCGCCUUCAAAGGUCCCAGACCCUUCACCGUAGUCGUUCCUCUCCGGGGUUUAGCUGCAUUCUUGAUUAAUGAGUUCCUAUGGCUGCUGACAGGACAUACUCGCCGUCUUUCGGUGGUCCUCAACCGCAUGAAAGCAAACCCAGUUCCGGUUUCACACCUCUUCCGCCCAUUCGCAGAACUUCAACUAUCGACCUGUUAUCAAGAACGAAGUUUAGUACUGAUGACGACGAUAGGAUUCCAUCACCAGUUGGGGAUUCGGAUAAUGAGAUACCUCCGGUUCCUCCCAUAAAAGAGGACAUGAACUAUCAAAACGGCAAUGGGCAUAUACCUGGCCAGGCACAGGUGAAUCAGGCCAUCGCGCAUCAAAAUCAGCCUCAACACUUCACUCAACCACAUCAACAACAUCACGCCCUCGCCAAUGGCCAGCCCCAAAAUCCCAAUGGGUAUGCAGCUGGCAGAGGAGCUCCUCAACCUAAUGGAUUUCCGCAGCAGAUGAUGGGACGAGGAUCUGCAGGUUCGCAACAUCAAUUCUCAGGUCAAUCAGGCGCAUCGCCUAUGCACGCGCAAAUGGCUGGCAAUCCAAUUCAAAAAUUCCCUCCCAAUAGUCAAUGGAAGCUAGAGGAGUCUCAUCUCUCAGAACCUCUGAUCCAGCACAAACCUCGUCCGGGCGCGAACAGCCCGUCGCCGCAACAACCUAAUUACUAUGCAGCGUAUGAUAAAGAAACUGAAGAUCCGUUACCGACGAUGAAGGGGCAAAGUGCAUCCGGGCCGCGGCCGAGGAAUAACAGCAAUAGCAUACCGCCGGUUUCAGCAGAGCGGUAUCGCGACCUUAACAUUUUCGCUCCUCGUGGUCAUGAUCAAGCCGGGCCUCCCCAUCAACCUAGUCAUCCUCUUUUCCGGGGUGGGCCUCAUGAUGCAGUCAACCAGGUUGGGAGAGGGUCGCAUGACGCCGGACCUAGUAAGGAGAUGGAUGCUCAUGUUGAUGAGGUGUCGGUCUCAAGUACUAAUAGCGAGGAAAGACCCAAGGAUGGUAGACGAGGUUCGGGAUUCUUUAGUCUACCUAACCGUCGUAACACAGGGGAACAAGGGACUGAGCAAAAUGCAUCUGGGAAGGAAAAGAGCUCGUUCUUCGGUGGAGGGGCUAAUCACAGCAAAUACCAGCCGAAGCAGAAGUCCAACCUUAAUCCACCAAAGACUUCUACGUUUGACCAUGAUGACAACCCGGAACAUUCGUCGAUGAAGAAACGGCUAUCUGAGCUCACCGGGAUGAUUAAAGGGGUUGGGAAUGCGAAGGAGGGAGGAGCAAAGGAUGACCAACCCGCCAAGCCCAGCACUGUGCAUCCUUCUACAAGACCUUCAUAUCAGGGCCCCAUGCGAACGCAGACAGGACAAAUGCACCCAAGUCCGUUAGGAGGACCUCCACUUGGGAUAGCACGAAGCAGUACUGGUGGAAUGCGACCUCCGGAAACUCAACAACUUCAGAGUGCUGAGGAGGAACGUGAGAAGAAACCUAUGGGUGGGUUCCUUGGUGGACUUUUCAAUAAGCAGGGAUCCAAAGCACCAGAGUCGAAACAGCAGAACCAGCAGACACCACCGCAGCCUCAACGACCACAGCAACAAAUUGCUAUGCAGCCUAGCCAAUUUAGACCCGGUCAGAUGCCAGCUCCCGGACAACAGUUUCCUCCACAUAGGAUGUAUGCCGGUCAGCAACCUCCUGUCCAGGAGAGCAUACCGGGGCAACAGGGGCAACAGGGACGGCAGCCUAUGGCACCGGGGCAACCUACCGUAACGUCACCUUUAUCGCCCCAGUUUCUCGGGACAGCGCAAAAAGUAAUGAUGCGGAGACCUUCGGAAAUAACUGUCGCUUCUCAGAAUCAACUAGUGGGGGCACCAAUGUCACCUAGCCAACGACCUCAGCUCGGAUUUCAGCAAGGACCACAAGUUAAUAUUCGACCAGCUACUGCGCAAGACAUCGAAGGUAGAAAUACACGUAUACAAUCUGGAGAUGAUGUUUUUUCGGGGCCUGCGUUUUCAAGAGACUCGCCUCACCGUUCACGUCCGUCUUCCCCGGACAUUAGCGGAUCACAAAUCGCAGCCCGAAUCACCCCCAACAGAAAACCCGUCGGGUCUGGUUUCGCGAGACAGGACGGAGCAUCACCUACCUCCUCACCGCAAACCAAAAAUCCGAUGAAAUCUAACGAUCCGUCUCAGCCUGAUAGUACCGAGGAUGAAGAGGUAUUAUCAGGUAGUCAACUUCCAUCUGGUCAGCAAAGCCCUACUCUUGGUAAGUUAGGUCAUGUACGCCAGACGUCUCUUCCGUCCCCAGGACGUCCCCUUAUUACAUCUCAGCCCGGUCAAGGGGGCUUCCAGCCUGGCGUAGGCGGCACACCACUUUCUCUGCAAGGUCCGAUGACCUUCUCGCGAGACCCGCAGCUACAGGGCCAACCGUAUGAAGGCCUUCAGAGACCACGCGGCAUGUCACAGCCGGGUCAGGGGCCGAUCGGCUACGUCUCUUCUCCGUCCGGGUUCAGCCCUCAGGGUCAGAUCUCCCCUAGUUGGAGCCCCAACUAUCCCUUCACUAACCAGCCACAUCCAGGCCACCCGCACCCCAACGCUCAGAGAGUGCCGCGCUUUGUCGCCCUACCCCCGGGCCAACAGGGGACCAUAAUGAAGUUCUUCGGCACCGAUCCUAACGAUGGAAGCAUCCCGGCACAGCCGCCAAAGGAACAGAAGGAGAAGAGCACGAAGGACAAGAUCCUCGGCGCAUUCAAGCGCGUUAGCAAGCAGACUAGUUCUGAUUCUACCGGCUCUCCGAAGCCUGAGAAAACACAACAUCACAAGCCACCGCCGGGACAUUCGACACCACCGUCGAUAGCUAGACCGCAACAGCCAAGCCAGCCGAUAUCGCAGAAUCCGGCGCCUAUGAUGCGGCCACCGAUUAGUGGACCAUCACCAGCUGGACCUCUGGGCCCGAUGAGCAAUUUACCACCGCAGGGCCCAAUAACGCCUGGUCACGGUCGCGGGGCGCCCGGGUCGCAAGCGCCUUACGGACCGAUGAACCCGCCAACGAUGACGGGAGCCGGACGAGGUAGUCCAAUGCCUCCAUCGCCAGCAGGUCGUGGACAGGAGCCUCAAGCAGGAGGGUUGAAGCCGCAGCACGUCGUCGAGCAGCGUCGGAGGUCAGCGCAAAACUUGGAACGGCAGUACGAUGAUGUCCCUAUCCCGCGCGGCUACGAAGCUGUCCACGGGUACGGAAACGCGGGCAUGAUAGCACCGUCGCCGUAUAACGUCGGACGACCCAGUCCGCCUCCCGCGUCGCAUCAGCAGUUCCAGUCUUUUGGUCCGCAGGGGAUGCAGCAACAGCAGCAGUGGAGUCAACCGCCGUCUAUUAAACGCAACGAAGGUUCUGAAUCAAGCACGCCGACGCCAUCGGAUCAAGGCACGUUCUUGGAUAUGGCGCCGACACCACCUUCUAGGCCAUCGCAGGACGAGUUCCGAUAUGACCGCCAAGCACCACCUCCCGUACCCCCGCAAUUCCUACGUCAGCAACCCCAACCCGCAGACCGCGGGCCGAAUCUCCCCCAAAGACCAGAAGUGCAAAUACAGACACAAACACCAAGCAGUUCGAACUGGGGCAGCGCACCCGACAGCGCGCGCAGCGGCCCCCGCAAACAAGAUGGUCCCAUCCUAGGCGGAUCCCUACAAUCCAAGCCCUCAGACCCGAACGUCUCGCCACCCAGCGACAACGACGACGUCCAGCGACCGCAACAUCAACACAUCGCCACCGCAAUGAGCAACAGCCCCGCACACCCACCGAUCCUACAACCAGGUAUCCCACAAGCAGGCCCCAUAACCACAAACACAAACAUACCCAACCAACGCGCCUUCUCUCCCACCAGCGCCCCAAUGCAACCCCCGAACCCCAGCCCACCAACCCUCUACACGACACCCGACCCCGAGCCCCAACAACCGACACGUCUCGUGAGCAAAAUGUCCGCGACCGAGCCCCUGCGCAACGCAUCCCUAAGCCCCGACCUCGCAGCCGCGCGCGCCGCGAGCGUGAGUCCGGAGCCUGGCGCGGGGAUGGGGAUGGGUGGUGCAGUGAGGGUGCCGUUCCACCAGGUAUCGAGCGCGAGUUUGAACGUGAAUGUGGAGCGGGCGAAUGAGGUUGCGAGGGGAGAUGAUGGUGGGGAUUUAUACGGGGCUACGCCGCGGGUUGGGAGUGCGAUGGGGUAUAACACACAAGCGAUGGGAGGUGUAGUCGGAGGGCAGCAGGAUGAGAAUAUCAAGUACGCGGGCUCGGAACGGAGUCGGAGUACUGUUAACGGCGUCGCGCCUUCUGUUGUUGGGAUGGGAGUCGGGCUCGGGGUCGGGUUGGUGGUUGAUGCGGCGGAGAGCCAGAGGGGGUCGGACGAUUCGUCGUUUUCAGAGAAGCAGGUUUCGAGUAAUAUGGAUUCCGAGGAGAAGAUUUUGGUCGAACAGCCGGUUGAGUUGGCGGCUGUUAAUGAUGACGAUGAUGGGAUCCCGGUUAUGAGCGCUACGUCGUACCCUGGCCAAGAGUGGAAUCCGUAUGGGGCGGGGGAGUUUGGGGAUUGGGAUUAGGGGGAGUGAGAGUGUUGGUGGUGGUGGGUGAGUUGAGUGGUAGGUAUAAAUAUGGCAGUGUCUACUCAGUAGAGAGGUGCUUGUCGAUGGGAUUUUGAAGAUAUUUGAUGGAUAUGGAUAUGGAUACCAAACAGACGAAACGAAGCGGAGCGAAGCGAUGGAGAAAAGGGGCAAUCACAUCUAGCAUAUUUCACAUCGGCGGCCAUCUGGAUUGGAACUUUUAAGAUUCGAGAUCUAAUCGGUUUACAUACAUCCCUAUUUUCUUCUGGCAGUUCUCGAGAUUUCAAUGUUUAGGUACAUGUCUGGUGGAACAGAGCGGAUACAUAUCGGUAUACUCGACGCUUUUGUUGCUGUUUCUUCUGUUCUACGCUGUCAGGUACUUUACUUACAUACCCCGGUGGAAGUUUAUUUAUUACCUGAUUUAUGAGGUGAAGCGAGACGAGAUAGGAUCAGUUAAUUGAAAUGGUGAAAAGUUGAUAUUUAUCUAUGUUAAUAUAAACAACUAAGUACCCCUAUUAGAGGUAUCUAAAGUUACCGUAAUUCGAUUCCAUUUAAUGGACAGCUAGUACAAGAGACAUCGAAAUAGGGGCAUUCUUUCCC